UUUGAACAUGUGGGAAUGUUUACAAGUGCUUGUCAAAACCGAAAAUGGAUCUGACAGAUGUUGAUGUGGCACCCUCUUACUUCAUGCCAAGAUGUAUCAACAACUGAAGGGCAGACGAUUGCAUACCAUUAUUAUCUAGGAUCAACUGCUGACCAUCCGUGAUGGACAGCCUGUCAGAUUUGAUGAGCUGCUGUCGUGGCCUGGACACUGACAAGGUUACAGAGAGGAAAAAGAGCGUUGAAAAGCUGAAACAGUUACUUGAGAAAAACUCUGUGAUCAAGAGUUUGGACAGGAACACAGAUGAAAAACCAGCGCGGAACAAUAAUCGGCUGAUAACGUGGGACGAUGUCUUCAUGAAGGGUGUGGUGUUGUACAUCCGUCUGGAGACAGCUGCACUACAGAAGGCCAAGGAAAGUGUCAGUGCAGCAUCUAAGCUCAACAAGGAGAAGAAGAAGCAAGAAAUUAGUGGAUUCUUCAAGUUCUUUGUCAGAGUUGCGGAUAAACGUGGGCCCCGACUGAAGUGUUCCAAUGUUCUGAGUCACAUCACCGAGGUCCUGGAAGAUGAGUACACCUGUGCUGCCUAUGGACUGGACUACAGCACUAUCCUGCUGAAGAACGUCCUGCCUGUCCGCAAAUACUGGGUGGACAUCAAGUCAAGAUCCUGGCAGGAUCUGUUGCUGCGGUACUGUCGUCUGUACCUGGACCCAGAAUGCAGCAUUGACCGAGUGAUCCUCGUCAGACUGGUCCAUGCCAUCAUCAGUGGAGCAUCCAGACAGUGUGAUCUCCAGCACAGGAACCUACUCAUCUUCUUCACUGAAGUCUUUAAAAACAUAAGACAGAAAGCUCGGAUCCAGGUGGUGGAGCAUCUGAUGUCAGCACUGAACGUGUUUGUCCGGAAGAUAGCACCGAGCUGCAGGAUCCAGGUCUGUAAACUGGGAGAGACCAUCUUCAUCAACCUCCUGUAUCUGUGGAAUAACAGGCCCACCGACCUCAUCAAGGAUGAGGUAGUGGAGUUCCUGAGGCUACAGAUGCAAGCCCAUCACCCAGGGGGAGUCAAGACACCGGAGACCGGGGAGAUUACCCUGGACAAGGAGCUGUGGAGGAGCCACUUAAGGAAGCUGUAUGAGGUGAUAUAUACGGACCUGCAGGAAAUGGGAGGGCGGAACAGAUUUACUUCAGGGACCAGAGAGGCUGUGUUGAAGGCAGCGUAUGUGGAUCUCGCUGCUGACGUCUGCAAUCAGCUGUUCACAGAGUCCUCCCAGACAAUCGAGGUGACGCAGAUGUCGAUGCUGGGGGAAGGGGACACGCCCAGGAAGAAGAGGAGGUUGGAGAGUGGCUGGACUGUCGUCCGUGACACCAUGUACAAAACCGGCUGCUCUCAUCAAGUCAUACCAUGGUUGCAGCUGGUCACACGUCUUGUCGAGAAGUACCCACCCAGUGUCCCGGAGGAUGAGUUACUUCCCUUGCUUCAGUGUCUCCACAAACUGCUGAAUGACUGCAAAAGGAGUGAGAUUCUGAGGCACAUUUUCCAGUGUCUGAUUGUACUGGUGAUCAGCUACACAUCCUUCAAACACAUCACCAUGGCAACAGUCAACUCAACCAGGGACAUAUGGCAGACAAUAUGGUUGUCAACUCUCAGGUCCAUGAGUUCUCACCAGGCUGAAGCAGAGGGUUAUCAACAACCCGGGUUCAACCUCCUCGCUGCCAUCGUUCACCAGAGGUUUGUCUGUCCAGAGAAAGAAGUGUGGAACUUGUUCCUACCCAACGUCUCCUCCCCCAGCAUGGCUUCCAUCAACUUUCUGUCCGUCUGCCUCAGUCUCCACGACCUUCCAGAAAACCAUCAGCCAAGUAUUCUGGGUUCAAACCUCACUGGUGGCAAAGGCUCAUACACCUUGAGAAAGCACCUCUUUGAAUGGCUGAUACCAAAAAGAGAGGUUUCAGAUGUGGCGAAAGGUUGUAAGAUAGAUCCGGGAGUUAUGAGUCAGGUGCUAGUUGCGUUAACUGUACGGAACCCCGGUUCAGUUAUUCCUGUCAGGCCUGCGUCCACUGCCAAGCACUGGACAGAGUUGGAGAGAAUAUAUCUAGAGACAUCAUUCGACUGUGAAAUGAGGAUAGAAAAAAAUGUUUCGGGCAUCAGGAGAGGAGUGUGUGAAAGCUGAAGGGCAGCUGUUCCAAGUUUAUUGGAGACCUUGAAAGAAGUGUUUUCAAGAGAAGCAACUCACUUUCAGACUGUCUUGGAGCCACAGCAACAUACCCUUGAACACAUCAUAACCUGUUCAUCAGUGCUUGUGAAAUGUAUCCAACACCUGCUUGAAUCAGGAGUUGCCUCCCCUGCUAUGCUGGCUGACACAGGACUUGAGGCCUGCCUCAGGAGUCUGUUGAGGAGGAUGUCCUCCCUCUUGUCGGACUAUGUUAAGAAAGAAGGGUGUGGACACAUGCUGCCAAUCGUUCAGAUGCUCCAGAACCUGUUCCCCCAAACUGAGCUGAACACUCAUGGAUGUUAUGUGGUAUCGGAGCUGCUCAGAACACUGCUACCUGGGAGUUUCUUUGAUCUUGUGUUUGAAAUUGCAUUUAGCAAGAUGCAACGCUCCAACAGCAACUCCAACAACAGCACCCAGCUGGGCAGUCUGAGGAGGCGGUCAAGCUUCGACAGGAGGCCGGGUGCCAGCGACAGAGGGCGGUCACGGUAUAAUGACAUCGAUGAAAUGGAUCUGGAGUUCGAUGAAGUGUCACACUCUGCUGGGGGGGACGGGGAGGUUAUGGAGUUUGAUGAUGUUGAUGACAUAGGAGACAGUCAGGAUUCCGAUGAAACACAAAACACUCAUGGAUGUCCAAGUCUGGUGAGUGAGGAUGGACUGACUGAGAGUUGCAAGCAGCGUCUUGAGGCAGUGAGACUCCUGUGUCUGUGUUGUAACUAUGAAAGCAGCGUGGCGCCCUCUGCUGUACCGUACAAAGCUGAGAUUGAGACCUCCUUCCUCAAAAGCAAGCUGGCUGAGCUUCUGGAGGGUGACAUGUUUGAUACAGGGAGGGCUGUGGAUCUGUUGUGUAUGGAUGCAAUUGUGAAGUCAUUGACAACGCAAUGUCAUAACGUCUCUGACAGAGAUUUGGAUAACAUGGUGGAUGCUAUCAGAAGUGUGAUCAAAACACAGCGGCGGGAUCAGGAAGUCUGUUGUCUCUGUCUUGACCUCAUCACCCAGCUUGUGCCUCAUCUCACCGACCCAGACAACCUGCCCUCCAGGGUGAAGAAGGAUUGCAGGGAGAUAACUCUGAAACUCAUCAGUGCUUUCUGCAAGCUCCGUGGGGAUUAUGCAGCAGCAGUCAGACUGACCCUGGCCAAGUGUAUGCGAGCAUUUAUGCAGUGUGAUCCUAGUGAUGAGUGGAGUAUUUUGACGAUGAAGAAGGAUGAAGAUGAGGCUGAAGAGAGCAUCUCGUCAGAGUUCCACAACUGUCUGCUUGAUACAUGUCACAUGACAUGUCUGUAUGUGGCCGAGGCUCUGCAGAACCUGUUUGUGAUUCCCGCUGAGGAUGGCCUGCAACCCAAACCCGCUCAGCAACAACAUGCAGCCUUCGACCUCAUCUACCAGGACUGUAAUGAGCUGAUGACAUUCAAGGAGAGGAAGUCAGCAGAGCGCCAACAGGAUGAAGUACUGUGUCGCACCUCGACUGUGCUGACCGCCCUGGCCACAGUGGCCUGCAGUAGCCCGGUCAAGGAGAAGAUGUCCCUGUUUGCCCUGUGUCAGCUCAUCAAGGAGAAGGGCAUUGCAGUGGACAAGGUGCUCAAGGUGCUGCGGAAGGUGAGUGUGUUGCUGGGAUACACAGAUGUGACGCCGUACAUCUGCAGCCACCUGCCGUUUCUCCUCAGUCAGUGGCUCGAACUCAGCUACCCGCUCGCGGACUUCCCCUACAGGUUACUGGGCGUAGACAGCUUAGUAGCAUUCUUCAGGUCAUAUGGCGACGUCUUAGUGCCUGGCCUGUUCAUGUAUGGCCUGCUGGAAGACAUCCAGACACUGGCCACAGACACUGAGCAGGGCUGGAAGCAGAUCAUCAUCGACAGCAUCCCCAACAUCGUCACCCACAUCCUGCCGUUGUUUGCAGCUUCUACCUCAGAGGAGGUUGCCAGUGACCGAGAGGUGAAGAAGAGAACAAGCCUUGCUUCGAGGCGUUAUGACGUGUUGGUGAAGGAGGUCACAAGUGAGGUGAUAGAUCGAGAGAUUCAUGCUAACCUAGACAUCAUCAUCGUCAACAUCCUGAUGUGUCUGCACGGAACUGGAAGUGAGGUGGCAGACGGCAGCUGCUGCCCGGACCCGAACCCCCCCAGUUACAACAGCUACAUCAUCAAGUCAACGCUGGACUACCUCACCAACAGCUUCUCAGGCAGCGCGGCCAGGUCCCUCGUGUCUGUACUGGCUAAAACACAGGACUCAAUCCAGAGAGUCCUCCUGAAGCUGGCUACCAGUCUGUCCACAGAACAUCGUAUCCAGGAAAAGCGCCGGAUUCUGAAAAUGUACCAACUGUUUGUGGAGAUGCUUCUCCCGGAGUUUGCCAGCACCCUUGGUGGCAGCUGGGGUUUCAUUCUGAGGGAUGUCAUCCAUCGGCUAGUGCAUGUAAUCAGGGACAUCAACACACAACACAGAGAUGUCUUUGUGAGUGACCAUGAAUCGAGGCAAUCCAUGAUAGAGGCAUGUAUUGGGCUGCUCCACGACAUCUGUACAGUGGCCCUGGAGAGUUGUCCGGAGGAGCUGGGCAAGUACCUGGACUGUGUUGUAAGUACGACCUUGCCCUUGAUGAGUCAUCGCGGACCCGCUGCAAGACAGCAGCCUGACGCUGCUAAUCUGCUGAUUGUGGAGAACGCUGGUGUUCUCCGUGAUGCUAUCGGCCAGUUGGAUCCAUUCCCUGAGGAGUAUGAGUUCAGUAAUUACAGGAAGGUCCACAGAAAGCUCCAGAAGCAUGCUGGGAGAGGAUCCUUGGUACAGGAGAUGUACCAUACUGUGAAGGUCCUCCAGGAGAAGCAGACGGUCACUGAAGGCUGCACACAAACUAUCCGCUCUCUCAGCUCUCUCUUCUGCCAGAAUCGACUAGAGCUUCACAGCUUAACUACAGACUCACGAAAUUCCGCAGAUGGUUCUGUGUUGUGCCAGCUUGUGUGUGAGUUACUCCACUUGACACAGUCACCUUGCCACCAGGUGGCCAUGGAAGCUGCUUCCUGUCUUGGAGUCAUCGGACCGAUUGACCUCUACACACUGUCCCUCCCAAAGAAGCGUCCUCGUCCUGGACUGCAGGACUCCUUGGAAGCGUACCAGGACAGCUCUGAUUACCAGAAGUACUGUCAGAUCUUCCACUGUCUCAACCAGUAUCUUGUUGAUCCAUGUAUCACUGUAGUACAGAGAGCUGGGGAGGUGCUCAAGACCAUGCUGGCCACGAAACAAGGGGUAGACUUCAGCAACGACUACAAGGCCAGACUAGCUGACAAAGACUAUCUCUUUAACUACCUGCAUCCUUUCAAGUGCCAGAAAAAGCCUGUGACGAGAGAAGCAUCUACAGGGAAUUUGGAGAGGUUCUUCCAGACCGUCAACACAGAUAGUCUGUGGGUGCCGGAACAUGGCGACCACAGACGCUGGGUGACGGACCUGACUUGUGCUCUCCUCAACAGUGGUUCUGUUAUCGAUGAACUGUUGUGUCUUCUCUCUCCCAUAUGUGAAUGCAGGCCUGAGUUCUGUGAGAUGGUGCUGCCAUUCCUUGUCCACAACAUCCUGGUUGCUGGCAUCGAUGAUCAUUGGGAGGUGGUGUCAAACAGGAUCUGUGGCUUCUUCCGGACUCACUGUGAGACAGUGGGUGGAGGUGCAGGGGCUGGGGCCUCCUCCAGGGAUGUGAGUGUGUGCUGUAACAAGGAGUCGGUGCAGACAAUGCUUCACGUUGUACAGUAUCUUCGCCAGCAGAAAAGACCAAGGCGAGGGAGGAAGGUGUUGACCCCCUGGGAUGACAACUUCUGGCUGCAGCUGAACUACCUGGAGGUGGCCAAGGCCGCCCUGUUUUGCUCCGCACCCUUCACUGCCAUUCUGUAUGCAGAAAUAUGGUCUGACUCGUGCAGUGAGGUUGACAAGGAUUCAUCAUCAGGGCCCGGUUCUCAACGUUUGUCUCAGCGAGUGAGCCAGGACCAGCGUCUCGACACACUGAGUAGCAUCACUUCCUCCAGUACCCAGCUGAAUGUCCAAGAGUUGUUGCUGGAGGCGUGCAGAGCGUGGAGACCCAGAGUGUUGGGAGACUGGAGACCCAGAUGGGACUCUACAUCUAGGAUUAAAACUUACCUUCAUGAGAACAGGCUUGAGAAAGCAGUGGUUACCUUUGACAUUGGAAUGAAGAUGGGACAACCAGCAGAGGACAUGGGCCUCUUAAAGACCGUACAGACUUUCGGCGCAGACUACCUGCUGGAGCUGUGUCUGAGGGGGAAAGUGGGGCAGAUGGGGCUGUCCCCUGCCCUGCAGGAGGUGCAGUACGAGGCGGCGUGGAGGGCAGGCCAGUGGAACCUUGAUGUACCUGCCAGGGUUGGUGCUGAAGCUGGGUUCCAUCAGAAACUCUACUGUGCCAUGGAUGCUCUUAAGGAUGAUCAGCUGAAACUGGCUCAGGCCUCUAUAGAUAGUGCAAGGCAAAGCACCCUUCAAGUUAUCGACACACACCUGGAGAGUUGCCGCAGCGUGUAUCCAGUCCUCAGCAGGCUCCACAGCCUGUUCCAUCUCCAGCAGAUUGUCGAUGCCGUUGCCAGCCCUGAGUCUGAUGGACUGAGAAACCUCCUGGAGAGACUGACAGAGGAACGAGAACCAGUUAAUGAGUUCGAGUUUCUGCAGCCAGUGUGGGAUGUGAAGUGUGCUGCUCUUAAAAUCCUGGCCCAGAAAUACCCGGAGACAGAAGAAGAUGGAGUGUCUGUGUCUGGGGUCCUGUGUCGGCAGCUGGAGAACAUGGCCAAAGUUGCCAGGAGGGAGGGGCGAUAUCAGGUUGCAGAGAGAAUCAUUGCGGAGUUGCGGCAACAGGAGAACAAAGAGAAGGGAUUCAAGCUGCAGCUGGAGAUCGAGGAGGCCAAGCUAUACUGGGCCAGGGAUGAGCAGAACAUUGCCAAACACCUGAUGAAAAGUCUCAUUGGAAACCUGAAGAAGAUUCAAGAUGAGUGUUUUGAAGCAGUGAAAUUGCUUCCUCAAGCCCUGGGCACGUAUGGCAACUGGCUGGCGGAGACCCGCACCGAGAACCCCAGUGCCAUCCUGGAGCACUACCUGGAGAAGACUGUGGAGCUGCUGGAGAGCUCGCCGGACGGGCAUCGUUACCUGCGUUCCCUAGACAAGCAGGGGGAGAUAGAUGAGCGUGAGGUAGUGGCUCUGGAGCAGGACAGACACAAGUUUCUCCUGAAGGCCGUGGAGAGCUACAUCAAGUGUCUCAGGGCUGGAGACAAGCAUGACCUGAGAACAUAUCGACUCACCUCGCUGUGGUUCGACAACGCUGCCUCGGAGGAGGUUAACCAGCUUCUUAAUAGCAACAUCGACGCCAUCAAGUCGUACAAGUUUCUGCCCAUGAUGUACCAGCUGGCGGCAAGGAUGAGUGUAAAGGAGACUCACUGUUCCCUCUUCCAGCCAACACUUGCCAAGAUUCUGGAGACCGCUGCCUUGGACCACCCACACCAUGCUGUUCCUGUCAUCAUGGCACUUGCCCAUGCCAACAAGGACAUGGAGCUGGUCACACAGGCUCGGGCAGCACGAAGCAGGACGGGUAGGCUCAGCAGGACCGUGUCCGACGCACAGCAGCUGGAGGAGGACCGUGUACAGGCUGCCAAGAACAUGAUUGACACCCUGAAGGAGACACCCAAGGAGAACGGGAAAGUGUCACCGAUCGUGCGUCACAUGGAAGUGCUGUCUGUAGCCUACAUCGAGCUGGCCAACACCAACGUCGAUAGGUACAAGACAGAGAAAAAGCCCAUACCUCUACCUGCCUCGCUGAUGUUGUCAAAGAUGAAGAGUCUCAAGGAUGUUGCUGUACCUACACUGGAGGCCAGGGUUGACCCGACUGGGCAGUACCGAGAUGUUGUCAGCGUGGAAGGAUUUGGUAAUACCUUCCGCCUGGCUGGAGGGGUUAACCUGCCCAAGAUCAUCACUGUUAUUGGCUCUGAUGGCAUAGAGAGACGUCAGCUUGUCAAGGGUCGGGACGACCUGCGUCAGGAUGCGGUGAUGCAGCAGGUGUUUGGGAUGGUCAACAGCCUCCUCAAGAAGAACCCCGAGACCAAGAAGCGUUGCCUCAGAAUCAGGAUGUACAAGGUAGUGCCCCUGUCCCAGAGCGGGGUGCUGGAGUGGUGUGAGGGGACCCAGCCCCUGGAUUAUCUCAUAGCAGGAUCCAAGGGGGCCCACCCCAAGUACCGGCCCCAAGACAUCACAGCCCUCGAUUGCCGGAAACUUCUCCAGGGAGUGCGUGAUCCGACUGAUGUCCAGAACAAGCUGAAGGCGUACAGGGAGGUGUGUCAGAAGUUCAAGCCAGUGUUCCGCCACUUCUUCAUGGAACACUUCUCAGAUCCUGCCACAUGGUUUGAAAAGAGACUGGCUUAUACCAGGAGUGUGGCGACCAACUCCAUAGUGGGCUACAUCUUGGGGUUGGGUGACCGCCACGUCAUGAACAUCCUCAUUGACUGCAACUCAGCAGAACUCAUCCAUAUUGACCUCGGAAUUGCAUUUGAGCAGGGUAAGAUACUGCCCACCCCAGAGACAGUCCCGUUCCGCCUGACCAGGGACAUCGUGGAUGGCAUGGGCAUCACUGGUGUUGAGGGCGUCUUCAGAAGAUGUUGCGAGAAGAUGAUGGAGGUGAUGCACACCAACCAGGAGUCGCUGUUGAUGAUCCUGCAGGUGCUGUUGUACGAUCCCCUGUACGCCUGGUCACUGUCCCCCCAGCAGGCCCUCAACAUACAGAACCAGCGGGGUGGUGGGGACAUGGACAGCAGCGACCUCAACUCCACUGCAGCCAACAUUUCCACUACUGACAUGGGGCACCAGUCAGAGAGAUCAGUUGAAAGUCAAGAGCAGGUAAACAAGAUGGCUGAACGAGUGUUGCUACGGUUACAGCAGAAGCUGCAGGGUAUUGAAGAUGGCAUCCAGCUGAGUGUGUCGGGGCAGGUGAACAAUCUCAUUCAGGAGGCGCGGGACCCAAACAAUCUGUGUAGGCUGUUCCCAGGAUGGCAGCCAUAUCUGUAGACACAACUUCAUUCAGGAGGUUGGUGCGGAACAGUCUGUGCAGGCUGUAAGAUAAAGGUCUCGAACACUGGGAACUCUGAAAAUAUGCAUGGUUCCUGGCAUGACAGCAUUUACUGAAAUACAAUUCAGGAGGACCUGAAACCAAACAAUUUGUGAAAGCAAUGAGACACGGGGUUUGAGAUUAAGAAGAUCAACUUCCAGACAGCUCCAAUGGUAACCCAUCCUUGAUGUGCAUUGCAGGAAUUUCAAGACUGUAACAGUUGUUGUAGUCUGGAGGUCAUUCUUGCAGUGGACUGAAACUGCCCAGAGUGAUCUUAGCUGAAAGAUGAUGAAAACUCCCUAAUGGUAUAUGUAGGGCUUAGAUUGCUUAGCAAACACAGCCCAUGUCUGCUGUUGCUUGGGGUAGAGGAAAACAUUAGUGUACACAAGACAGAGAAGAAUGAUUGGAAUAACUGGUGAGGACUUGUUGUUCAAACUGAUUUCAAAAGUGGUUGAGUAUGUGAGCAUUAUUUUGGCCUAAGAUCUUGCAAGGCCAAAAUUUUGCUCCCAAUAUUGAAAUUGAAAUUUCCAAAUUCAAAUAAUAUUCAGUGGAAUAAGUUCACUGGAAUUUUGAAGUAUUUAAAUCUUUUAAGUUCUUGAAGGAACUUUCAGUACAUUCAUGGAUUUUCCACAGAUGGAUGCACAGAACUUUAUUCACCAUUCCAGAGACAUGACAUUUUGCCAAAGGUACUUUAUCUUGACAAUCAUAAUCUAUAAAGGGAAACAAGUAUGGUUUAAAAGGGAGAUAACUAGCAUGUGUACUGGUAAAUAAGUAUGAUCUACAGGUAUAGAAGGAAGAUAGGGAAGAUGUGUACGAGGAGGUAUGUGUGAUGUGUAUAACAGAGAAAGGUAAUGGGUGUUUUGAAAUGGGAGAUAAGUAAUGUAUGGUAAGUGUAAUAAGCCUUAUGUGUAAAGGGAGAUAAGUAAGGAGUGUAUAUGGAGAUGAGUAGGGUGUGGUGUAUAAAGGGAGACAAGUAGUGUGUAGAAAUGGCAGGUAAGUGGUGUGUGUAAAGGGAGAUAUGUAAGGGAGAUUAGUGUGGUGUGGUUUAAAAAGGGAGAUAAGUCAUGUGUGAUGUGAAAAGGGAGACUAGUAGUGUAUGGUAAACAGAGACAAAUGAUGUUUGUAAAGGGAGAUAAUCACGAUGUAUAAAGGGAGACAAGUAUGGUAAAGGGAGAAUGGUGUGUGUAAUGGGAGAUAAGCAUCAUGUUUGAUGUAUAAAGGGAGACAAGUAUUGUAUGGUAAAGGGAGAUAAGUGUGAUGUGAUUUAUAUAGGGAAUUAAG